AUGUCCUAUUUCUACCGCAAAAAACUGUAUUCGGAGAAGCCCAUUGAUAUGUUUGAUAUUGGCAAUAGAGCAGCUAGAGACAAUAGCGAGGACAAGUUCUUGCGGUACAUCCACGCGGAGGACUAUCAGGGCAAAGGAUACGCGCAGUAUAUUGCAAGUGAAAACGAAAGAGAAAGCGAGCCAGUUGUUGCAGUGGUCGAGACCUAUAUGAUGAAAAAAAGAGAGCACAUGAGAGCCAGCCACAGCAUAUUCAGCAAGAUGAGUGCAAUGGGGAUAUUGAAGGCCAAAUACAUCUAUUCGACAAGAGUGUUAUAUGCAAAGUUGGCCGGCCGGUUUUUCUAUACGUUUGCAAAGUAUAGCGGUAAUGCCGUAAUCGGCGAGGUUAUUCGUAGACCAACGCCACUGGUGGUCGAACAAGUCAUGCAAGUAAUGAUGGAGACUUAUGUUCUUGUUGCCAAAGACCCCAGCGAGAAGUUCCUACAAUCCGUGUUUAUAUCAUUGAUGACUGCAGACGAUAAAUUUGCCGAGUCGAGGGUCAGGGCAAAGACGCUUGACGCCAUUAACUACUGCCUCAAGUUGGCUGCAUCCGAUUACAUGCUAGCCAACGACAAUGUCAACGAUGUCUUGCUGGUAUGGUACGAAACAGUAUACUAUGAUUUUGAGCAUUACCGGAGUGUCCACAACAAGUUUAACAUGACAACACCAACGUUUCAAACGAGAGUGGAUGAACAGGAUAUAAGAAAGGCGGCGAUUGGGGCAGUCAAUUUCAGCAUCGACGAUCUUAGCAAAUUGGGUACUUCAGUGAAAAUCUAA